GCCAUGUCGGUGAGGCUGCGGUUCCUGUCCUCCGGGGACGCGGGGGCUGUCGGGGUCAUGGGCCGGAGCGCCUCCUUCGCGGGCUUCAGCAGCGCCCAGAGCCGGAGGAUCGCAAAGUCCAUCCACAGGAACUCCGUGAGGUCUCGGAUGCCUGCAAAAUCCUCCAAGAUGUACGGCACGUUCCGGAAGGGGUCUGUCUGCCCCGAUCCCAAGCCGCAGCAAGUGAAGAAGAUCUUUGAAGCCCUCAAGAGAGGCCUCAAGGAGUAUCUCUGCGUCCAGCAGGCGGAGCUGGAUUACCUGUCAGGUCGCCACAAGGACACCCGCAGGAAUUCGAGGCUGGCUUUCUAUUAUGACCUGGACAAGCAAACUCGCUCUGUGGAAAGGCAUAUCCGGAAGAUGGAGUUUCACAUCAGCAAGGUGGAUGAGCUCUACGAGGGCUACUGUAUCCAGUGCCGCCUGCGGGAUGGAGCCUCCAACAUGCAGAGGGCCUUCUCCAGGUGCCCGCCCAGCCGCGCCUCCCGAGAGAGCCUGCAGGAGCUGGGCCGCAGCCUGCAGGAGUGCAUCGAGGACAUGUGGCUCAUCGAGGCGGCCUUGGAGGUUCACCUGGGAGAGUUCCACAUCAGGAUGAAAGGCUUGGUGGGCUACGCACGCCUCUGUCCCGGAGACCAGUAUGAGGUGCUCAUGCGUCUGGGCCGCCAGCGCUGGAAGCUGAAGGGCCGGAUCGAGUCAGACGACAGCCAGACCUGGGAGGAGGAGGAGAAGGCCUUCAUCCCCACCCUGCAUGAGAACUUUGAGAUCAAGGUGACAGAGCUGAGGGGCCUGAGUUCACUGGCAGUGGGCACGGUGACAUGCGACAUCACGGACUUCUUCACGACCAGGCCACAGGUGAUCGUGGUGGACAUCACAGAGCUGGGGACCAUCAAGCUCCAGCUGGAGGUGCUGUGGAACCCGUUUGAUACUGAGAGCUUCCUGAUGUCACCCAGUCCCACAGGCAAGUUCUCCAUGGGCAGCAGGAAGGGCUCCUUGUACAACUGGACACCCCCAAGCACCCCCAGCUUCCGAGAGAGGUAUUACCUGUCUGCCCUGCAGCAGCCAGCACAGCAGGCUUUGCUGCUGGGUGGGCCGAGGGCCACCCCCAUCCUCAGCUACCUAUCUGACAAUGACCUUCGGGGCCCGGGCCUGCGGAGCCAGAGUCAGGAGCUGCCUGAGAUGGACUCCUUCAGCUCCGAGGACCCCCGAGACACGGAGACCAGCACCUCAGCCUCUACCUCGGACGUGGGGUUCCUGCCCUUGGCCAUUGGCCCCAACACCUCCAUCGAAGAGGAGGCCCAGGAGGACCCCCAGCCCCUGGGCCUCCUGCCAGAGAUAGCCCAUCUGGCUGGAGCCGCCCUUGUGGAGCAGCCUGGCUGGAGGAAUUUGGGAAUAGAGGACCCCGACCUGCCAGGAGGCUCCCCAGUGCACAACCAUACAGCCCCGGGCAGCCAGAAGGACCAUGACAAAGGAGAACCCGAGGACAGAGUGGAUGGGCCAGAGGUGACCCUUGAGAGGCCCCUGCAAGAGGUCCUGGAUUUACUGCGCUCCGUGGACCCCCAGCCACAGCUGCGGGAGCUGGAGUACCAGCUUCUCAGCUUCAGGGACCAGCUGAAGCCCUGCGGAGCUCCCCAGGAGCACGCCUCUGCCGAGAGCCUGAUGGAGUGCAUCCUGGAGAGCUUCGCCUUCCUCAAUGCUGACCUCGCCCCACAGGAGCUGUCCCUGUUCGGGGGCUGCCCAGGUCCCCGAAAGGACAGGAUCCCGCUGCCCCCAAGGAAAGCGUCAUCUAGGGGGCUCACGGCCGGCACCCUGGAGCUGGACAGGCUGCUCACGGUCCACCUCCAAGUCUGCAAAGCUCUGCUGCAGAAACUGGGCUCUCCUAACUUGUCGAGGGUGGUCCAGGAGGGCCUUCUGGAAGAAGCUGCGCAGCAAAAGCAGGUUCUGGAGAUGCUUUCUGUGCUCGAUUUUGAGAAGGUCAGCAAGGCAACAUCCAUCGAAGAAAUCAUUCCCCAGGCCACUCGGAGGAAGGGGUGCCUCAAGCUGUGGGAAGGGUGCACAGAGCCCGGCAGGGUCCUGUCCUGCGCCGCCACCAUGCUGCUGAACCAGCUCAAGAAAACGUUCCUGCACAGAGUCCGAGGGAAGUACCCGGGACAGCUGGAAAUAGCGUGCAGGAGGCUCCUGGAGCAGGUGGUGAGCUGUGGGGGGCUGCUCCCCAGAGCCGGGCCUCCCGAAGAAGAGACGGUCACCUGGUUCCAGUUCCACAGCUACCUGCAGCGGCACAGCGUCUCUGACCUGGAGAAGCAUUUUGGCCGGCUCACCAAGGAAGUGACACUCGUCGAGGAGCUGCAGAGUGCAAGGCAGGGCAAGGCGGUCAGGAAGCUGCAGGGGAAGCGGCUGGGCCAGCUCCAGCCCCUGCCCCAGACACUGAGGGCCUGGGCGCUGCUCCAGCUGGACGGGCCCCCACGAGUGUGCAGGGCAGCCAGUGCCUGCCUGGCCGGUGCAGCCAGCAACAAGAGCUUUCGGGAAAAGGCUUUGCUCUUCUACACCAACGCUCUGACCGAAAACGAUGCCAAACUCCAGCAGGCCGCGUGUGUGGCGCUCAAACACCUCAAGGGCAUCGAAAGCAUCGAUCAGAUUGCCAGCUUGUGCCAGUCUGACCUGGAGGCCGUGAGAACAGCAGCCCGGGAGGCCACACUGUCAUUCGGUGAGAAAGGACGCUUGGCUUUUGAGAGGAUGGACAAACUCUACUUGGAACAAAGAGAAGAGGCCUUCUGCCAGGAGGCGGAUGUUGAAAUCACAGUAUUUUAA